ACCUAACACGACUUACGCGGCGGAACUCUCGUUUGAAAUGGAUGUCCCUCCUGCAAGCCUCCUCCUGCAACCCACCGCCGACGGCGAAACUCUCUCGGUCCUCGUUUGGUAUCAGAGAGGGAGGAGAGAGAGGGCCAGGCGGGCGGCGGUGGAUGGAUACCUCUCAAUACCUCACGUGAUCACUUGAGCUGCACACAAACACAUGACUCAGCUCAGAUAUGUCCACGGAAACAUCAGGCACAGAAGCAUCAGGGUGUCUCUUUCGUCUGGAAAACAUGUAUAGACACAUCAAGACCGGAGAUGUAUGGCAUGUUGUUGCGUACCCAGAGGGUCGUUCGUACACAGCAAUGCAGCAGCAGUAAG